AUGGCGACCUCGGCUCUGUUCCCCUCGGGCGGAAUGAUUGAUCCCACCAAAGACUACCCUAUCAUCUUGGGUGAACGAUUGGCAAGAAAAGAUGCGAACACGCAAUCGAGAUUAAUCAACAUUCAGUACAAUUAUAAAUCGAAGUCCGCGUCCUCGCAGCAACGCACCUAUAUAACCCGAGCUGCGCAAUAUCCGGACCUGUAUAACCUCACAAUCACUGACAAGGCACCGAAUGCCGAACAUAGUGCGUUAACAUACUCAUACAAAGGCAGCGUGGAUCCAGAGCAUGCUACGUCUGAGUCCGCCGAGCGGAAUCUGGUUUUGGUUUUCGAUCCGGAUCGUAAAGUCUUCGUUCUCGAGCAGAUUGCGACACAAUUGAACUUCAAUCUUCGGUCGGCACCUAAUAAGACUGAAAAGCAGGUGACGGAGCAGUAUGCGCAGCUGCGAACAUUGCAUGAUGAUGAUCAGGGUUCUGGUGACGACAGAGCAGUUGAAACAACCGCUGACACUGACGACGGCCCCGCUGAUGACAGCAAUCCCUACGACUAUCGUCACUUCCUGCCAAAAGAAAACGCUGACGAUGACAAAUCCGUUUCGGACGGCGCAACCUCAUCCCAUCUCAAUGCCAGUAAAGCCAACACCCCUCUGAUGACCGCGGCUGCCAAACCCACUCCAAGUCCCAAAGCUCGACCUAAGCCUCAAACCAAUCCUCUCCGUCAAAAACAACGUCCGAGCAAACCUCCUAGAAACAAAACAACGAGUGCUCCCAAAACGACUCUGGAGCCUCCGGCGCAAGUUAAACGGGAAGAGCCUCAGGAGGAAGAGAAAGAGGAAGUGGAGGAGUUUCCAGCUGAAGAAUUGAAAUCGUCACCUUCGGACACUGGAACCGAAUUGGUAUCGUCCUUCAAGGCGGCUCCAUCACCGGGCUCUAAUAUCAUAAUUGACGGAGAUCUAAUCAUCGAUAUGGGCUCACCCCCUCCAUCUCGUCCCGCUUUCAGGGUUAAUCCAGCGCACUUCUCGUCCAACAAUACCCCGGCAAACGACGAAGAUGAAGAGGAGGAGGAAAUGGAAGCUUUGCGGCUACCAUCUCCUGUCGGCCGCGGUGGUGUCCCGUCUGAGAGUGCGGAUCACCCUUCAACAGCACCGGCAACCCAGGAGGAGAUUGAGGAUGAUGACGAUGCACUGGCGGCUGAAAUGGAAGCUGCUUUUGAGGAAGAAGCGAGGAAGCAAGAGUACCAGCCACCAUCUCUGCAGUACCAUGUUCCCAGUGAUGAUGAAAGUGAGGUUAGCGAGGAGGAAUGA